UGGAGAGUAUGGCUCUGACUGUUGUGUGGUUUAUUACUGCCAUUUUUAGCUUUGUCCAUUUAUCACCUUUAAUUUCAGUCAAAGAAGAAUAUGCUUUCAAGCAGUGGAUUUCAGAGCACAACAAAGUUUAUGGCACUGAGGAAUAUCACCACAGACUCCAUGUGUUCACUCAAAAUAAGAGGACAGUUGAUCAGCAUAAUGCUGGGAAUCACUCCUUCACAAUGGGCCUGAACCAAUUCUCAGACAUGACAUUUGGGGAAUUCAAGAAAUUCUACCUUUUCACGCAACCUCUGACUUGCUCAGUCACUAAAGGCAGUCACGUCAAAAGGACAGGUCCUUAUCCUGAGUUUGUAGACUGGAGGAUGAAGGGCGACUUUGUGACUCCUGUGAAGGACCAGGGGUUUUGUGGCAGCUGUUGGACCUUCUCCACCACUGGCUGUCUGGAGUCAGUGAAUGCUAUUGCUACUGGGAAACUAAUACAAUUGUCUGAGCAGCAGCUGCUGGACUGUUCCAGAAAUUUUAGCAACUAUGGAUGCUUUGGUGGGCUCCCCAGUCAGGCAUUCGAGUACAUCAAAUACAGCAAGGGUCUCAUGAGAGAGGAGGAUUAUCCCUACAAAGCCUUUGAGGGAAAAUGCCAUUUUGAGCCUUCACUUGCAGCUGCGUUUGUCCGAGAUGUUGUCAAUAUAACAAGUUAUGAUGAAAAGGCCAUGGUCGAUGCAGUGGCCCGGCUCAACCCUGUCACCUUUGGCUUUGACGUUACAGCUGAUUUUAAGCACUACAAAGAAGGUGUUUACUCCAGCACCCAGUGUAAGAACACAACAGACAAAGUGAAUCAUGCAGUCCUGGCGGUGGGGUAUGGCACUGAGAAGAACGGCGUGCCGUAUUGGAUUGUGAAGAACUCUUGGGGCACAGCCUGGGGAAAGGAUGGAUAUUUUUUGAUCGAGCGUGGAAAAAACAUGUGUGGACUGGCUGCCUGCUCUUCUUACCCUCUACCUUAAGCAUUUGAAUAAAAGGGCAACAAAGUGGAAACUCUUGAGCAUGUGUGUAUCGAAAUGUAUUUUAUUCAGCCUAAAGGCCUGAUCUCAACUUAGGGUUUCUAACAUGUUU